GCGACCGCCUGGGUCGCCGGGGCAGAAGUCUCGCGAGGCUCCUCCCCUUUCCUUUCCUUCUCCUCCUUUCUUUUUCUUCCUCCUCUUCCCUCCCCUUUCCAGUCACAUCCAAGAUGGCGACGCCGGGAGUGGAAGCCGCGCUGGAGCUGCUCAGCCGCCUCUCAGGGGUGCGGGACCCCGUGGAGCAGCUGCGGGACCUGCGCGUGGCGGUACAGGCCUUGCCGCCCGGCGCUCUCCGUGAGCGGGGUCCACAGUUCCCCUUGGAGGGGCUCUUCGUUCUCAUGGCGCAGGGUGACAGUGAGCAGAUCUCCUCAUGCAUUGCCAUCCUGGAGCGGUUCCUCCAAGCCAUGGACCCCUUCUACAUAAUCCGAAACUUCGGGGAACAACUCCAGAAAGGUCUCUUCCAUCAUCAUGAUUCAGUCAAAGUCCUUAGUAUAUCUCAGGUUGGAAGGAUAGUCGAAGACCAUGAUGCUGUUAAAGAAAUCCUGAACACUCCAGAAUUGCUGAGGCAGAUCAUUUAUUGCAUUGCUGCAGAGAAAAUAUCCGUGGCCAAGGAGGCCAUCAAAUCACUGUCAAAAAUAGCUGGAUCACCUGAAGGGCUGGAGGUGUUGCUGGAGGGCAACCUGCUGGUUGAUUUGAAAAAUGUCAUGGCCAAGAGCGACGUCAUACGCUACCGAGUCUAUGAGCUAGUUGUCAACAUCGCCUCAGCGUCAGCAGAUUCUCUGAACUACUGCGUGAACAGUGGAUUGCUUUCACAGCUGAUUGAGGAGCUGACUGGGAAUGACAUGCUGGUCAGAGCUACCUGUAUUGAGAUGGUGACGUCUCUCGCCCACACUCUUCAUGGGCGCCAGUAUCUCGCCCAGCAAGGAGUCAUCGACAAGAUUUCCAACAUUAUCAUCGGAGCAGACUCAGAUCCUUUUUCCGGCUUCUACUUGCCAGGCUUUGUGAAGUUUUUUGGCACCUUGGCCAUAGUUGACAGCCCAGAACAGGUCUGCGAGCAAUACCCCAUCUUUAUGAAGAAAGUCUUCAGCAUGGCAGAAGGCCAUGACCAAACCAUGUAUGGCGUUGCUGUGGAUACACUUGGGAUCUUGGGCUCAACCGUGGAGGGGAAGCUGGUCUUGCAGAAGCUGGGUAGGCGAUUUCACCACAUGCUAAAUCGAAUGGGAUGUCAGGCAAAGAGUGGCCCAACAGAGCUCAGGGUCCGAUGUUUGGAUGCCCUGGCGUCCCUUUUCUACCUACCGCCAGACCAGCAGACAGAAGACCAUGAGAGAAUGGUGCAGUCCUGGUUCUCCUGUCUAUCUAGCCAGCCUCUGGAACUCUUCAGAAACAUCAGCACACAGCCAUUCCCUGACCUCCACUGUGGUUCCUUACGGGUCUUCGCUGCCAUCGGUAACCAGCCCUGGGCCCAGAGGUUGAUGAUCGCUAGUCCUGGCUUCAUAGAAUACGUCGUGGACAGAUCGGUGGAUCCUGAUAAGGCUUCCAAGGAAGCCAAAUACGAACUCGUCAAGGUUCUUGCCAAUUCCAAGACAAGUGCGGAGAUCUUUGGGAACCAGCAUUUUGUGAAGCUGCGUGGCUAUAUGCACGAAGGGCCUUAUUAUGUCAAGGCUGUUUCGACCACAGCUGUGGAAGGGGCCGAUUAACAUUUGCCCGCCGGCGAUGUAAAUUCCUGUCCUGGAAUUCCAGGAAUGGCAAAUUAAUGUCGGGGACUCUUCCUGAAGAGGGGAUUUGACUCUGUGGGUGUGCAGGGGGGAAACAAAGACAUCUGAGGAAGCAAUUGGUCUGCGCUUGUGUGUGCGUGUUUAAAAUUUGAAAUGACAGAUGGGUAGAAAUGCUAAGGACCACAUUAGUUCUAUGCCAUGGGGUAAUGUAACAAAACUUACUUGGCUCGUUAGUGUUAGAGUCGGCUGCUUUGUUAACAAAAGAUAUGUAUCAGCAGGCUCUUCUUAAGCUUUUUUUCAGAGUUUUGGGGAGUGUGUUUGUGUGUGGGGUGGGGGAUGCAAAGGAGUGGCCAGAUUUAAAUGCUGUGUACAGUGUGGAAGGGGCUUUGUGCACCCUUGACCCUAAAUGCAACUACAGUUCAGUGAGGCUGCUGCAGGUAUGUGAGAUAGGCGAGUCCACUCUACAUGGAGGGGACAGCAUGGUCUUCCGUAGCCGGUGGCAGCUUGCCUGUGUGCUGGCUUCGAGGCAUUAGGUUGUUUUUUUAAGUGUGGCAACACGUCCCACAGAUCUUGAACGAAGCAAAGAGGGGAAACUUUUGCAGAUGCGGUUUGCGAUGGUACUUGUUUCUAGGUUGCCUCGUCUUACAGCACAGUCGGCACAUCAGCAUUUAUUCACCUGCUUGAAGUGAUUAAAUACAGCAUUGGUACGUAAGGGAAAAGCCUAUCCUAGAAUCUUCUUCCUGAUGGUCUGGUUCUGUAUAUGUAGAAAGGUGUGGGCUUUCCCUCCCUUUGCCUCCUGGCGGUGUGAAAUAGUGCAGUUCCAUAACAGGGACACUGCACAGAGCUUCAGCUAGCCUGUAAUCUCUUCUGCUGAGCAGGUGUUAGAUCAAAAGUGCCUUUGCUGGAUGGAAACCUUAGCUUGAAUCUUUUAACGCUGCAAAUGAGAUAGAAGUGACCUUGUUUAACUAAAUCUCAAAGUAGAAAUUACUGCGCUUUACAGAGAAACCAAAAUUUGAAUCGGGAGUUCUGAGCCACUGCUGUGUACUGGAGCUGUAGAAGAAAAUGGUUACAACAGGUUCUGUGGCUCAGUCUGCUUUAAACCCCCCACAUACCUUUUUUUUUACCACACUUGACAAACAAACCUCAUGCGUUCCCUGUUACAUAUUUCAAUUAUGAAGCCUGUAUUCCAUCUUUAAAAAUAAGCAGGAUUCAGAGCACAGCAUCUGUCGACGCAAAUUGUAUGGAAAAUUGUUUCACGUGAAAUGACCACAGUCGACUGCAUGCUAGUUAGAGCUACGUAUCUGUUCAGAUUGCUGAAUUGUGGCUGGAACGUGAGGGUCAAGGAGUCGCGUAGCUGCUUUUCAAUACAAAGCAAUUUCAGUGAGUUCCUUUGGUUGGUUCAGUAUUCUUCUAGUGGAAUAGGUUAUUGGCAUGAAGUAGUUCAGUUUGGAAACGGUGCCUGUUUAGCCUUUAGCCAUUGGUGAGUUCUUGCACACGUAUCCAAAAUUAGGCUGACAGAGGCGACUCGGGGCUCUUGAAGCCGAACAGCAUUAGCUGCUCCUUCCAGCAGGACAGAGUGAAUCCUUUGCCCCUGCGGCCAGUGGUGUUAAGCUGCAGAGAAUUUGACAACGCCCUGUCAGUGCCCCGUGUAGCUAAAGGAGUGUUCAUUGGACAUGAGAAAAGGAUUGAGGACGAGAGUCAUAAAAGAAGAACUCUUUUUUUCCCUCCAGUGGUCACAAGCUGAAGCAUUUUUAGGAUACAAGCCAGGCUAUAUUGCCACUGCCAAUAAAAUUGCUGUGUUCUUCUUUCCUUUCCUGUCAUGUGUAGCUUCAGAUACCUGUGAUGUUGCUUUGUCAAAUCUUUGUGUUUCUCCCCCCUCAAUCACCAGCUGUUUGGGGUAGUGAGAUGUGCAUUCAGUGUUGUAGAGUGUACCAGUGACACUAGGAGGGAGGGGAGAGCACAAUACAACCCUGGGAAGUGUAUUAGUGAGGCAAAUCAUUAAUUCUUUUGCAUUCUCCUCCUUGCAGCCUGUAUCAGUGUGAAUGCUUGCAGGUACGCAGCUUUGGACAGACAUGGCUGGAGCCAUAGGAUGUCUUCUAGCGUGGGAUCAAAAAUAUCUCUUGAUUUUCAAGAUAUGUCACUCAUUUGGGAGGAUGAUGGCGCAACCUACAUCUGGAUUCUGGGCAGCUAUGGUUCACUAGGCCAUCUUAUCGGAAAACUUAGCACAAGGACUGAAUAAUUUUGAUCACACAUUGUGCCAUAAUUGGUAUUGGGGGCAGGGGGGAGGAGUUUAAUGUUGGCAACCAGAGAAGAACUUCAGAGGCAAGCCUAAAGCUUGUGUGUCUAGCAUUUCUUUUAAUAGGAAAACUAGGGCAGGACUCAGACUAGCUUUCUGUCUGGAAAUCACUACUUUUCCUCCUAUCAGAACAUAGUGAAAUAGAAACGUAUUCUAGAAUUCACUGCCAUUGGUAGGCAAAAAAAGGAUUGUGUCCCUAUCACAGUGCAGUGUUGGGAUACACCUCCAUAUUGAAAUCAUGUUCAUUCAAUUACAUAUGCUGUUGCGUAGUCUGUGUAUCAUUGGUACUUUGCUUCUGUGACACUUUCAAAGGACUUCAGAUAAUUGUGUAAUUCUGGGAAUGUCAGAUUUUUUUUUCUGUAAAGGAAAAUCAUUUCCAGGAAUUGUUAAAAUUGUCAAAUUCUGUCUGUAGAAGCAGUGGUAAGAAUAUAACCUUUCCUUUUAUGUAACUUAGCCAGUUCUGCUGUAGAGGUCUUGGUAAAAUAUUUCAGCCUUUGG